GCUGUGUUGGCGGCGAUGCCCGAGUGCCCGGAGCUGCACCUGGCCGGGUGCUUCAUCAACGGCGUGUGCGGCGGGCUGCUCUUCACGGGCGGCGUGGAGCGCUCGGCAGUGGGCCGCGGCCCCGAGGUGCCCUUCCGCAGCGAGGCCUACCGCAUCUCGGCCCUCGCCCGGGGCAAGGAGCUGCGGCUGACGCUGAGCGCGCUGGACCCCUGCUCCGCUCCGCCGCAGGACCUCGUGUUUCGUUUUGGCAUGUCGGGGUCGUUCCGGCUGUGCCCGGCCGCCGAGCUGCCCCGCCAUGCCCACCUCCGCUUCCUCACCCGCGAGAGCCCCCCGAGAGCCCUCUGCUUCGUGGACGCCCGCCGCUUCGGGUCCUGGCGCCUGGGGGACGCCUGGCAGCAGGACCGCGGGCCCUGCGUCGUCUCCGAGUACCAGGCUUUCAGGGAGAACGUGCUGAGGAACCUGGAUGACAAGGCUUUUGACAAGCCCAUCUGUGAAGCCCUCUUAAACCAGAAGUAUUUCAAUGGAAUUGGGAAUUACCUGCGUGCUGAGAUCCUGUACAGGUUGAAGAUCCCUCCCUUUGAAAAGGCUCGGACUGUGCUGGAGGCCCUGAAGGAUCAGAAGCAGGAGAGGAGGAAGAAGGAUCCUUCCAUGACACUGAGCAAGAAGGUGAAGCUGAUGCAGAAGAACCCGGAUCUCCUGGAGCUGUGCCACACCGUGCCCAUGGAGGUCAUCACGGGAGAGAAGCAGCUUUUCGACCCCGAGCACGCGGAUAACUAUUCCGCCUUCAAGAACUGGCUGCAGUGUUACCUGGUGCCUGGCAUGAACUCCCUGCGUGACCGCAACGGCAGGACCAUCUGGUUCCAUGGAGAGCCUGGUCCCAUGGCUCCCACAGGGCAGAAGCCCCGUAAAAAGCGCGCUCAGCCGAAGGCAGACCCCGAGGCACAGACCCCUAAGGUCACCUCACGUGCCUUGAAAAGGCGCCCCAGGGCUGCAGCAACACCCCCAAAGUCAGAUGAGAAGGAGGAAGGGGAGGAGGAGGAGGUGGCUGAUGGGUCAAGGAAGGGACGUCCUCGCCGGAGGAGGACAGUGACCCCUGCUCCAGCCUUGCCUGGGCCAGGGAAGGGACGUGCUCGCCAGAGGAAGAGAGUGACCCCUGCUCCAGCCUUGCCUGAGCCGGGGAAGGGACGUGCUCGCCAGAGGAGGAGAGUGACCCCUGCUCCAGCCUUGCCUGAGCCGGAGGUGCUUCCCAACGCCAAAAGAAGCCGCCGGAUGUCUGCACGGAGGGGCAGAGGUGCAGUCCCUGCCGUGUGAGUGCUGCCCACUGCUGCCCACCUCCUGAGGGGCAUUGAAUGGCCCAGGAGGAGCUCAGGGAGGGCUUGGCCAGGGACCUGCAUUAGUGAUGGGGCAAAUGGAGCUUCUCUUUACCUGUGCUCACAGCUGCUUGCUACUGUUGCAUCCUGCCAGUGCGUGAGCGAGAAGCUGGGCUUGGUGGCGGGGCAUUUUCCUGCUGUCCAGAGGCAUCUGAGGGGAAAGCCAGGACCUUACAUUGUGCUGGACUCUGACUCUUCCCUCUGCCUAAAAUUGGGUUCUCUCUUCCCUUUCUUGCUGCUGCUCCAAUCACUGUUUUUAGCUGACUAAAUAAUAAAAUAUUUUGUGUAGGAA